GUCUGUUUUUGACGACGAGAGUGUCUACACAUGUUGUAGAUAACCACUCAAAAAAGGAGAAAUACCGACGUACAUAUUACGUAUGCUUGGUUCUGAUCGAGUACGAGUUAAACGAGUUGUGCAGAGAAUUUCAGCCGAAUCCGAUAAGAAAAGCUAUCAUUUCAGACCGAACGAAGUUGGCAGAACGAGGUCAGGAGUUACUGCGGAAUUGGCUAGCCUAGCUAUCUGAAACGCCACCAAUUUGCGUGGAUGAUGGCUUCGAAGAUGUAUACCCGGAUGCUUAUCGUAGUGGUAGCUACACUGGUCUUCGCAUCACUUGGUGAUGCUUAUGGUUACUCUGGAAAUCAUGCUGGCUUAAGGGAGAAUUAUUAUUCCAGAAAUUGCCCAAAAGCCGUAAGCAAGAUAUCCGGCUUGAUCAAAUAUUACACGAAGGAAGAUAAAUCCUUACCAGCAGCUUUGAUUCGUCUGCACUUUCACGACUGCUUUGUUAACGGAUGUGAUGGCUCUGUUCUUUUGGAUUCGACACCCACAAAUUUAGCCGAGAAGGACGCCCUCCCAAAUAAAUUUUCACUCAGAGGUUUCGAAAUCAUAGAUAAAGUCAAAGAAGCGAUUGAGGAAAUAUGCCCUGGAGUGGUGUCUUGCUCAGAUAUUUUGAGCCUUGCUGCUCGAGAAUCGAUCUCAUUUAAGGGAGGCCCAAGAUGGAGAGUACCUCUUGGUCGAAGAGACAGCUUAAGCUCAAUCGCAGAGGCGGCAAAUAUCAGUCUUCCCAUUCCUACCAUGAACUAUGACGAGCUUGUCGAGAACUUCGCAAAUGUAGGACUCAAUGAAAGAGACAUGGUUAUUCUCUCAGGUGCACACACUAUAGGAGAGGCCCAUUGCGCUGUGGUGAUGCCACGUUUGUACAACUUUCCAGGAAGUCGUGAUGGAGUGGAUCCAUCUUUGGAUAGGAAAUACGCUGAGACGCUGAAACGAAAGUGUCCUCCCGGUGCAGAAUUGACUCUCAUUCCCAUGGAUCCCAGCUUUGGCGGUCAGAGAUUUGAUGGCAACUACUACCGCAACAUUGUUAGCAAGAAAGCACUCUUUGGAUCUGACAACGCGCUCAUCCAGGACAAGGAUGGACGUGCCAUCGUCUCGAAAUCCAUCAUUUCUCCGAAGACCUUUUUCAGAGAGUUCGGUCUAUCUAUGGAGAAGAUGGGAAGAAUUGCGCCGCUAACGGGAAGCCAGGGUGAAAUUCGCCGCAAAUGUUCUGCUGUGAAUCCACCGGCUAAAUACCAUCGGAAGAGCUACGAGCAUUAAUAUCAUUCGAAUGUAUCUGAUAUACAAAAAUGUUAGGAACUUAUUGCUUAGACAAAACGUUCAUCCAAAUGAGUGCAGUCUUAGUAUACUCGAGGUCUUGGAAUCUGCUGUAGGUAGUUCUCUUCACUUCAGUCAAUUUCCAGUUCACUGCGCAUUCUUCCUGAAACUCUCUAAGAAUGUAUCACUGUAACAUUGAUUCCAAAAGAAACGGAAAAAAGUAAAUUAU